GGCAGCCGCCGCUGCUGACUCGUUGACUCGCUGGAAGUUGAGCAACUGCCGUCUGGAGCGAGCGAGUCGCGGCGUGGAUUUCCAGGAGCCCCGCAGGAUCCACGGAGAAGGUUCUGUUCAGGAAAGUCCAUCUCCGCGGUUCCGAAUCCCAUCCGUGAAGAUCCACGAUGCAGAGAAGAAGAUGAGUCCUCCAGACGAUCUGGGACAACUUCCUGUCUUUGCUGCUGUCCCUCCCACCUGGACCUCACCCCCCCUUAGCGCCUCCCUUUGCCCGGUCCCCAGUAGGGGGCGGUAAGGUGAUGUCUGGAUGGCAGUCCCAGGGGCGCCUCCUGCUGCUGAACUCGCUGACCUGCGGCCUGGAGAUCUGCGUGGCGGCUGGAAUCACCUACGUCCCCCCUCUGCUGCUAGAGGCGGGGGUGGAGGAGCGCUACAUGACCAUGGUGCUGGGUAUCGGCCCGGUUCUGGGGCUGCUCUUCAUCCCUCUGAUCGGCUCGGCCAGCGAUCAGUGCGACAGCAGCUACGGCCGCCGCCGGCCCUUCAUCUGGCUGCUGUCGCUGGGCGUCCUGCUGGCGCUCUUCAUCAUCCCCAACGCCGACCUGCUGGCGGCCCGUCUGCCCUCGGAGCAGACCCUGCAGGUGGGCUUCCUCAUCCUGGGCGUGGGCCUGCUGGACUUCUGCGGCCAGGUGUGCUUCACGCCGCUGGAGGCGCUGCUGUCGGACCUGUACCGGGACGAGGAAGAAUGCGGCCGCGCCUUCGCCAUGUUCUCCUUCAUGGUCAGCGUGGGCGGCUGCGUGGGCUACCUGCUGCCCGCCGUGGACUGGAGCCGCAGCCCGCUGGCCGUCUACCUGGGCGGCCAGGCCGAGUGCCUCUUCUCCCUCCUCAUCCUCAUCUUCGUCAGCAGCGUCAUCGUCACCAUGAAGGUGUCUGAGGAGCCGUCCUGUCGGGGCCCGGCCCGGUCCGGCCCGCGGCCGGAGCCCGGCGGCGGCGGCGCCAGGGAGGCGGGGCGCUGCGGACUCCCUCGCUCCUGCUUCUCCCUGCUCAGGUGCAAGCUGCGGCUGCUGGGGGCGGGGCCUCUGCUCUGCCUGCUGCGCUCCUGCCGCACCACCAUACCCGCCAUCUUCUGGAGCUACUGCCGCGUGCCGCGCGUCAUCAGACAGCUGUGCGCGGCGCAGCUCUGCAGCUGGAUGGCCGUCAUGUCCUUCAUGCUGUUCUACACAGACUUCGUGGGGGAGGGGCUUUACGGCGGCGUCCCCAGCGCGGCGCCGGGGAGCGUGGCACGGCGGCGGUACGAUGAAGGCAUCCGCAUGGGCAGCCUGGGCCUGUUCCUGCAGUGUUCCACAUCCACCAUGUUUUCUCUGGCGAUGAGUCGCCUGCUGCGGCGCUUCGGCCCGCGCUGCGUCUACCUGGGCAGCCUGGUGAGCUUCACGCUGUCCGCCCUGGGCAUCUGCCUGUCCGGCAGCGUCAUCAUGGUGACGGCCAUGACGGCGCUCACAGGCUUCGCCUACGCCACGCUGCAGACCGUCCCGUACACGCUGACCUGCCACUACCACAAGCAGAAGGAGGUCUUCUUGUUUCCGGGAAAAACCAGAACCUCGCACAGCAACAGCGUGGCGGUGGGGCGGGACGCCAUCUACCCGACCCCCGCAGAGGAGGAGGGAGGGGUCCACAAACCGCCUCUCUACAGGCACGACGGGUUUGAACACUUUCCCCUCCACCACGGCGAGGAAGGCGGCCAGGCGGGAGACCCGGCGGGCGGCCAGGCGGGCGGCGAGCGGCGCGGCAUUGGGCUGGACUUUGCCAUCUUGGACAGCACCUUCCUGCUGUCGCAGGUCAUCCCCACGCUCUUUAUGGGCGUCGUCGUUCAGCUGGCCGGAUCCGUCACCGCCUACAUCGCUAGCUCCGCCUUCUUUGGCGCCGUCGCCAUCUACCUGUCCACCAGAAUCGUCUUCGACCAGAAGGACCUCUGGAGCUGAGGGAGUCAGGUCCUGCAUUACCCACAAUGCCUUAGUGGUAUCCUCAGGUAGAACAGGCAGCAAUACGACCCACUUGAAUAAUCGGAACCAUCCCCGGGUUCCAUCCGGACCUUUCAGAACCAGGUCUGGCUGGAGUUCCAGGCGCGGCGUUGGUGUUUCUGGCGUUUGGCCUACUUCCUGCUGCCAGGCGGCUCUGGACUGGAGAGAUUUCUCAUCUCCUCAUCAUUUCUCAUCUCCAGGAAAGUGGAGCUCUGGGUCAGACGAGCCUCUCCUGAUGUGGAACCAGUUCAGACUGGUCCAGAGUAUUGGGAGCACACACUGACCUCUACACUGCCGUGGAGACGCUUUGCAUCACUGCAUGUCCAGAUGAUGAUGAUGAUGAUGAUGAUGAUGAUGAUGAUGAUGAUGAUGAUGAUGAUGCAGAGCAGUGCCUGGAUACCGUCUCCAUAGCAACCAUCCCUGAAAAGACCAAAAAUGGAGGGAGAGCCCAGAUGGACGUGUGUGUGUGUGUGUGUGUCUCUGUGUGUGUGUGUGUGUGUGUGUGUGUCUGUGUGUCUGUGUGUGUGUGUGUGUGUGUGUGUCUGUGUGUGUGUGUGUGUGUGUGUGUGUGUGUGUGUGUGUGUGUGUGUGUGUGUGUGUGUCUGUGUGUCUGUGUGUGUGUGUGUGUGUCUGUGUGUCUGUGUGUGUGUGUG